AUGAAGAUGGUUCACUGCGCUGGUUGCGAACGUCCGAUUCUAGAUCGAUUUCUGCUCCAUGUGCUCGAUCGGUCGUGGCAUGCAAAAUGUGUCCAGUGCACGGACUGCCGCUGCAGUCUCAUCGAGAAGUGUUUUUCCCGCGACGGAAAACUGUAUUGUCGAAGCGACUUCUACAAGCGUUUCGGCACGAAAUGCGCGGGAUGCGGUCAAGGGAUAUCGCCAACCGAUCUCGUGCGUCGAGCGAGAUCGAAAGUCUUCCAUUUGAAGUGUUUCACUUGCCUCGUCUGCCGCAAGCAAUUGUCCACGGGCGAGGAGCUCUACGUUCUCGACGAGAACCGCUUCAUUUGCAAGGAGGACUACUUGAAUCAACGACAGCAGGGCAACCCAAACUACGGUUUGUUCUGCGCCGCCGGAGCGAAUCCCUUGACCCCCCUGGAUAGCAUGAUGUCCGCAUCUCCCGGAGACCAUUCGCUCGAGCUGGACGAAACGCAAGACAGCCAAUCCGAGCUCCUCUUGGAGAGAGAACGGAGAGAAGAUUCGGUGGAACGGGAUCUCCUCGCUCUGGGCUCUCAGAGUCCGCAGCCGCAACUCACGCAGCUUCCCGCAACCGCGAGUCAGAACAUGCAGAUGACAGAGCUGCCUGGUUUGAAACGGCCCGAUUCCGGGGGCAGCGGUCCCGAAUCCGGCCAAGCCAACGCCCCUGACGACGGUAGCGGAGGCCAGAAACGUCGCGGACCUCGGACCACAAUCAAGGCGAAGCAACUGGAAACUCUCAAAGCCGCUUUCGCGGCGACCCCAAAGCCCACACGCCACAUUCGGGAACAGCUCGCCCAGGAGACCGGACUCAACAUGCGCGUCAUACAGGUCUGGUUCCAAAAUCGACGUUCGAAAGAGCGGAGGAUGAAACAGCUCACGACGCUUGGAGCUCGGAGACAUUUCUUUCGAAGCCCGCGCCGGGUCAUGAGGUCCAUGAGGCCCGGGAUGAGCCCCGACCCUCUGGAUGAUUCGCCGCCGGAUCUCUUAGGUCAAGGAGGGGGUCCGAAUGGACCCCAGAACGGAUUCGGCUACUUUUCCGAUUCCUCGAACCAAGAAUUCGGCUACUCACAGAACGGAGGUCAGGGCCCCGGCUUCUACGACUUUUUCCCCGGUCAGCAGAACGAAGGCAUAGCUUUCGGACAUGCCGCGAAUCCCAGUCUCUCGCCAAGAAAUGGUGUGAGCAUGGGAACGGACACAUUCCACUUACCCGGCCAACACGGUGAUCUCCAACUCAAUUCGCAGCCAAGGUCGAGCCCAGACUCUGUGUUGAGCCUCCAGGGUUCGGAUCCCCCCUAUGGACAGCCCCCACGGAGCGAUUCUGGGGGGAGCUUUUCAACGCAAAUGCCCAAUGAAACGCCAGUUUGGUAG